CCCGCCCGCCUCAAGCCGCGCCCCCUUGGUCACGUGUUCCCUCGGAGACUGGGAAGAGCCCGUGAGCCAGCGACCGCCAGGCCGUUUGUGUCGAAACCCUGCGCGCCCUCCGAGCGAUGCUGCGGAGCUGCGUCUACCGACUGUGGACACCGGGAGUCCUCUGCGGCCCGCUGGGAGGCGCGUCCCCGCCGGCGAGGAACUCGUGGCCGCUGCCUAGGUCAUACUCAUCAGAGGUUGCUCACGUGGACCAUUCUCUCCCCAACCCCAGCUGGAGCAAGGACAUGAGACUCAUUUUUGACCAGUUCAUGAAGAAGAGUGAAGAUAGGUCUUGGAAACGUUUGCCUUCAUAUAAAUUUACAUCUUCUAAAAGGCUUGAAGAGGCUGAAUUUAGGAAGGGUGAAACAACAUUUUACCUUCCUUUCUUGUCCGGGCACUACAGAUGGAGAUCUGGGAGAGCAGAGUUUGAUGCAAAGCCUGUGAAAGAAGAACCAUUGUCACAGGCUCGGCUCUUUCCCAGAAGCCUUGAGGAAGGUCUGGGGUUUGAAUAUGCGAUGUUCCAUAAUCUUGUUGAAAACAGGACAGUUUGCAUAUUGCAAGGAGGUCCUUACCUGCAAGGAAUACCUGGAUUCCUUCACGGAGGUGCCAUUGCAACCAUGAUUGAUUCUACUGUUGGUAUGUGUGCAUUUAUAACUGGGGGAGCUGUCAUGACUGCCAAUCUCAACAUCAGUUUUAGAAGGCCUAUCCCCCUUUGUUCUGUUGUUGUGAUAAAUAGCCAGCUUGAUAAAAUUGAAGGAAGGAAACUGUUUGUUUCCUGUAAUGUCCAAAGUGUGGAUGAAAAGACCCUAUACUCUGAGGCAACAAGCUUAUUUGUAAAACUGGAUCCUAAAAAAAGUUCGCCAUAAAAGUUUCUGGUGCAUUCUGCACCAACCUGCACUGGGCUCUCCUUCCCUCCAGAAGAAGCUGGUGUCUCUGGUCCUGCCCUGCUUACCUGCUUUUGAGGCCCCCCAAGGGGUGAAGCCGCUAAUACUGAUCUUCCUGAACAAAUCUUCGGGAUACAACUCCAGGAGCUGUUCGCACCUUCUAAACUCUUAACACAGAAGGACUCUCUGUGACAGUAUCAGCAGUUCUUUGUGUGUCCUCAGAAUAAGUUUCUGGUUCUCCUAAAUUUGAAUGGGCUCCUUAAGGUUGCAUAAGCAUGGUGUCUGCCCCAUUGCCGACUGAAGAAAAUUCAUAUUGAAACUCUUACCACAAGCUAGAAAAUGCCAGAAAACUGAAGGAAGUUUGUGUGUGUGUGUGUGUGUGUGUGUGUGUGUGUGUGAGAGAGAGAGAGAGAGAGAGGUAAAUAACAAAGCUCGCUUUAUUAUAUCCAAACAAAUCUUUUUUGGCCACAGUAGGAAGCACAACUAGUUCCUUUAGGAAUGAACGAUACCUCAACUCUGAAUCCUAGGGAUUAAAUAGCUGUACCAUUUUCAA